AUAAGUCACUGGAAUGUGCACUGUUCCCAGAAGAACAACAAUUACUCAUUAAUCAUUGAUGAAUUCUGCAACAACAGCAACAGAAUUCCUGACAAAAGAGGAUUAUUUAACCACUGGAUGUUCAAAGAUCGACGGAAUAUUGAGGGGUGGAAUUUCUAAGAGAGGAAUAACACAGAUUUAUGGAGAAGCCGGCACCGGCAAAACUCAAUUCGCCCUUCAACUUUGCUUAACAGCUCAAAUAUCUCCGGAAAGGGAUAGCAGAAAAGGAGUUCUUUACAUCUGCACAGAAUCAGUAUUUCCAUCAAAACGCCUGCAAGAGCUCCUGAAAACCUCUCCAAUUUCGAAGAAAUACAAAUCCACCAGUGAUUUGAUAUUCGUCGAACAUAUAUCCACAGUUGGAGACCUGGAGAACUGCAUUUUAACUCGAGUACCAGUAUUUCUGGCUAACAAUUCAAUAGCCCUUCUUAUCAUCGACUCGAUAGCUGCAUCAUAUCGGGUGGAAUACGAAGAAAACCAGUUGAAGAGUCGAGCCAAGAGCCUCAGGAGCAUUGGACAUGCAUUGCAUGGAUUCUCCAUGAAUAAUAACUUAUGCGUUGUGUGCAUAAAUCAGGUAUCUGCCAAUAUGGGAGCAGGGAAAUCCCUCUGUCACGAUAACAAGCCAGUAUUAGGGGUCACCUGGGCCUGCCAAGUGACGAAUUCAAUUAAUUUCUGCAGAGUUAAUGAUCAACGUCAUAUCCACGUCAGGGAGUCCUCGUAUGUGCCUCGUGCAUCACUCGCAUUCGAUAUCACGCAGGCUGGAGUCUUCGGGUCGUCCAUUUUAUAACGAAAUAAUAUUUAUUGAGCAGUAGAGAGUCACCAAAGCGUAAGAAAUACGUUUUCUCAGGGGAAUAAUUUGUCAAUAGCUGAAAAUGCGUCUUCGUCGAUCCUCCUGAGGACUUCUGUGGGGCUCCACUCGUUUUUAUCGUCCGACGUGUCGAAAGGAUCUGAUGUCUGGAUGUCCAGAUGGCCAAGGUCACUCUCCAAGAUCAAUCUGAAUCAUCAGGAGGGAAUCAAAUGAAAAAAAUCUAAAAAUCUGAUGAAAAUAAUGAGGGAAGAGGUGAAAUGAACUCAUUCAAGUCUCGAUAUCUCUGGACCCAACGGUGCGAUUUGGUCGAGUCUGCGCUCAUUUUGAAGUUUGAAAAAAUAUCUUGAAAAUGAAAAAAAAAUUGUUGGAAUUCACGCUGCCGAUCGCGAGAUAUUGGAGAUUGAAGGGGUCUAGGUUUCGAUGAAUUCAGUUUUUUCACCUGAACGAGUGGAGAAAUGUUCGGUGGGGCUCGUGGUCCUGGCGAUUGCUGUAGGUGUAAUCCCCGAUGAUGGUGUGCCCUAUGUGGGAACAGUGCACUCGCAGCUGGUGUCUACGUCCAGUCCCGGGGCGCAGGAGAACCUUCGUCGCAGGUUUUCCGUUUCUCAGGCCUUUUUCGAGCACUAGUAUUGCUGUGACACAGUCUCGGGGGUUUUGGCAGUGGACUUGGUCGCUGGUGCACAUUCUUUUGUUACCCAGGAGUUCUCGAAUGUCUUCCCCUGGGAAUGAAUCCCAUUUUUUUAAUCUCAGUUGUGGAAAAUCCUAUUGAAAUUCUAUUGAAAAUGUCUAGAAAAAACUAUUUUAUAGAAAAAAUCAAUAGAAUUUUCUCUUUUCAUUUGGACAUUGUCAAUAGAAAUUCUUCGACAUGAGAUUUCCAUUUUUUUUUCCUCUCUCUGUUUCUCUUCUUUCUUUUUCAUUAAAAAAUGGACCAAAAAAACUCAG